UCUAAAAAUUUAAUUUCGUGCAAUCAAAUAUAUAAGCGAUAAAUUAAUUAUACAAAAGAGAAACGCCAGUCUUACUAAUUUAAAAUGUACGAGGACGAUAGCAAAAUGACGAAUGACAUAAGUAGUAGUAAUACUAAGAAAGAUUACAAUUUAAAACUUAUUGACACGCUCUACAGUCAAGUUCCAGCCUUUACCGAUGUGUUUGACGAAGAAACUUGGUAUAUUUUCGUCAUUUGUUUUAUAGCAGGUACUGUUUUGGUGGCAUUUAUUCUUUCAAGAUUUAUAACUAUAAAACCUGUUGAAUGAGAUAUUGUACGUAGCAAAUUCAUUUCACAAGAUGUUUUGUAUGUUUGUCAUAGUACAUUACAUUUGAUGUCAUUAAUUUCUUUUACACUCAUCACAACCAUGUAAACUUUUUCGAUAUAAAUCUCAUGCAAUGAGUGAUAAAAUACGCUAAUUGCUAUUGUAAGAUGAAAUAUACGAUUUCGUAAAAAUGUUCACAAACUAUUUGUGCUGAUAAUAAAAUGCUAUUUAAAAAAA